GCUCACACCAGAACAACUCAACAUUCUACCCUGAGCAAAACAACCUCCACAGUUUCAAACCAACCAAAAUGGACAUCAGAACUGUCACAGAACGAAUCUUGUUCCAAAAGAUCCACCUCUACCCCCACAAAGUCGUCGUCCCGCAGCCACCAGACGAAACCGUCUGCACAGUCUGCAACGAGCCCUUCCGCAUGAACUCGCUCGACCACUGCCGCGCGAUCCAGCUCCUCGAAUGCUCCCACAUUGUCGGCGACAACUGUUUCCGCAAAUGGCUGGACCGCCACGAACAGCAAUGCCUGAACUGGAACCACCACCUGGAACAUCACGAAAACCCCCAGUUACAUGACCAGGCCCGAUUAUUGAGAGCUGGCGUUCGCACGCACAAUCUCAAUGAGACAUGGGCCGAGAUCUGCCAUGAAGACUGGGAUAACUGGCCUUCGCGGUUCUUCAGCGUCUACUACAGUGCGCUGACCGCUUUCCUCGGUUUCUUCGACUCCAAAACGCCACGGGAUGUAGACAUGAACGAGUACAAGGCGAGCUUGGAAGCGGCGGCAGCGCACCGACUCACGCCCGCGACGCGCGACGUGUUCAAACGCGGACUGGCGAAGUCGAUCUGCGCGGGUGUUACCUUUAAGCACUACAGGGUCAACGUUUCGAGAUUGAUGUGGAUCCAGAUAUUCUGCUACCUUAUCUGGACGCGCUUCGAUGUGAGUGCCGUGAUGGGGUAUGUCGCUGUCGUGAGCUUGCUCGAGCUGCUUGUGGAUUUCUGGUGGCCGGAUCCGGAUUAUCGGAAUAUGCCUUGGCUGCUGCAUGCUUUCUAUGAUGAGAAGGCAGUGGCUGAAGAUAAGAAGGGGAAUGCGGUUUAUUCGUUCUGUGUCGCGGCUAUUGACUGGGCUGCGGAUCAGAAUGAGGAGUUUUGCUGACCAU